AAAAUCACCAUGUCAGUCGUAAAAGUAUUUUACCAAACCAUUUUGAGGAGGCCAUCUCGCUUCUUUGUUGUGGUAGCAGUUGGGUCACUGUUCUUUGAAAGAACACUCGAUAUCGGCAUUGAAAAUUUAUAUGAUAGGAUAAACCGUGGUAAACAAUGGAAAGACAUUGCCCAUAAAUAUGUUUGAACAGGAUGACAUGAACAUUUAUGGUCAUAGUUAUGUAGAACCAAAAUCUGUCAAUAUAAUAAUGCUUGAAAAGUGGAAAAUUAAAUAUAAAUUCCUUGAAAAUAGAAUUAAGUGAUGAGUUAAUAAAGUUUUGAUUUUUUCUUAA